CGGCAGCCGCCGGUGGGCCGCCGAUGAAGAGGAGGCGGUGGCAGUGGUGGAAGAAGAGGCGGCGGCGGCGGGGGUAGGGAUCCUGGAAACGCGAGCGGGGAUGGUAGGUGGUUUGGACCCGCCGGGCCGCCGUCGUUUCCAGAAAGGGUUUGACUGGAGGAACCUCUGGAGCAGCUGUUGGCUGGCUCCUCUGGCUGAUGGCAUGUUGAAGUACAUGGGCCAGCGGCAGCGAGGGCAUCCAUUCCAGAGGGGGCCGCUUUAGAGGCCAGGCCACCAGCACCAUGGGCCAGUGUGUCACCAAGUGCAAGAAUCCCUCAUCAACCUUGGGCAGCAAGAAUGGAGACCGGGACUCCAGCAGCAAAUCACACAGCAGGCGAGGUGCAGGCCACCGUGACGAACAGGUGCCACCUUGUGGCAAGCCAGGUGGGGAUAUCCUCGUCAAUGGGACCAAGAAGGCGGAGGCUGCCACUGAGAUCUGCCAGUUGCCAACGUCCUCGGGAGAUGCUGGGAGGGAGUCCAAGUCCAAUGCUGAGGAGUCUUCCUUGCAGAGGUUGGAAGAACUGUUCAGGCGCUACAAGGACGAGCGGGAGGAUGCAAUUUUGGAAGAAGGCAUGGAACGCUUUUGCAAUGACCUAUGUGUCGACCCCACGGAAUUUCGAGUGCUGCUCUUGGCUUGGAAGUUCCAGGCUGCUACCAUGUGCAAAUUCACCAGGAAGGAGUUUUUCGAUGGCUGCAAGGCAAUAAGUGCAGACAGCAUUGACGGGAUCUGUGCGCGGUUCCCUAGCCUCUUAACAGAAGCCAAACAGGAGGAUAAAUUCAAGGAUCUCUACCGGUUUACAUUUCAGUUUGGCCUGGACUCUGAAGAAGGGCAGCGGUCACUGCAUCGGGAAAUAGCCAUUGCCCUGUGGAAACUCGUCUUCACUCAAAACAACCCUCCAGUAUUGGACCAGUGGCUAAACUUCCUAACAGAGAACCCCUCGGGGAUCAAGGGCAUCUCCCGGGACACUUGGAACAUGUUCCUUAACUUCACUCAGGUGAUUGGCCCCGACCUCAGCAACUACAGUGAAGAUGAGGCCUGGCCAAGUCUCUUUGAUACCUUUGUGGAGUGGGAAAUGGAGCGAAGGAAAAGAGAAGGGGAAGGGAGAGGUGCACUCAGCUCAGGGCCCGAGGGCUUGUGUCCCGAGGAGCAGACUUAGUGGCUCUGUCCCAGGAGCAGCAGCAAAGAGCUGCCUGCUGCCCUGCAGCCAACCAAGGAAUUGGACCUUUCUGGAAAUUACUGAAGAUCCGGAUUUUUCUACUUUACACCUUUCUCUGCCUUGUAUCUGAAAGGGCUCUAAAAUGCUGUAUCAUGUUUUAGGCACUUUCUUCAUUUUUUUGGUUAUUUUGGUUAUUUCUUUUUUUGGGGGGGUAAUCCUCCAAAAUAUUUGAACCUGGCUACAUGUUGUGUAUCUUUUUUUGAAGCCUUCAGAUAGAAUAAGCCUGCCAUUUCUUGCACAAAUUGGAUGAUUUUUUUUUUUUUUUUUUUUUUUUUUGGUGGGGGCCAGUAUAGAGCCGGGUGGGGGGAAUGGGAGUGUUCGGUUGAAUUAACAUUACAAAAUGAUACAGUGCCAGAUCUCAAUUUUGCAUACUGUUUUUCAGGGCAGGUCUGUACUGUGUGUAGUGCUGUUUACAUGGUUGAAUUUAGGUUGUAAUAAUUAUUUUUAAAGAUUUACACAGAUUUGAGUAGCAGUGUUAACUGUUAACCACAUUGCAUUAAUUUCCAGACAAGUUUAGAGCUCUUGGGGAGCUGAGGCCAGUCAAGAGCGUUUGUGUAGUCUGGUGAUAACUUCCCUUUUAAGCUAAUUUAUCCAAAACCCUUAUUUCCCUCACUUCUUGCUCAUUCCUUCUUUGACCUACUGCAUUUCAUGUUGAGUUUAUCCAUGAACAUGCUGCACCUGUCAGUCAAGUGAGCAGUGUUUUUUCUUUUUUUUUUUGGACACAUUGUACUGAGAACCACUUAAGCAUUGAAUACAGAGAAAGCAGUGCUACCUCAGUUUUGCUGGAAGUAGACUUAUUUGAUAGUUUUCUUUCGUUGAUGAAGUUUCUGUAUUUUCAUGUUGUUAAGUGGAAAUACUUUUUUUUUGUUUUGUUUUUUCAUUUGCUUUGGAGCCAAAGUUUCUGUUCCUGGUGGUCGGAAUAUGGUGCCUGCCGGCCAGCUGACUUGAAGGAAAACUGUGGUAUGGAGCUCUGCUUGAAUUAUUUUUUCUCCUUAAUUUUCCUUUCUUUGUGUAUCAUCAGCUUACUUGUCUGGCAAGUGCAGAAGCCUGGGGCUGGCCUGAACUCUGCCAAACAGAUAUCAAAGUGUAUUUAAGAGGUAAACGUGUGCCCUUUCCCUUCUUGCUGCACCCGUGUUGUCACUUACCCCCCAGGAGUUAUUUAUUCUUUUUGUUAAUGUCAGGCUCAUUUGGGGUAAUGUGAUGACUGUUUAGGUUUACAUGACCCUCCUCUCCUUCCCUUCCCCCAAAUAUGUAUAUAUACAUAUAUAAAAUAUGUAUAUAUUUUACCUAUAUAAAAUAUAUAUAUAUACACAUAUAUGUAUCUAUAUUCCUUCAUUUCUUUGCCUGCUAAAACUGGCCAUAAAAGAGGGAGCUGCCUUCAAUGUAUAAAGUCUAAGAGUGCCAGGGGACGUCAUAACGGAGGCUUUCCUAUCUGCGUUUGGACCGUGUUCACUGAUGGCAUGAAUCCGCACGGCCCUUUCCUCACAAGGGCCUGGUUCCCCAGGCUCCUCCACACACCUGCUCCAGAAGGCCAGCUUUGGCCAGACUGCCACAGGGGCCUGAGGAGCUGACUCUGGUCCUACCUGAUUUUUAGUAGAGGGUCCUCUUGUUAUUUUUCAAUUUUUAAAAAAUGUCCUCAAAAAACUGUACUGACGGGUGGGUGGCAGGAACUUGUACAGUUCAGCUUCUAGUACUUUGGAACAGAUUUAAAAGGGAAUCUUUUAAAUAAAAACUUAUUAAAAUACGUAUGCUGUUAAGGUAAUGAGAGUUUGUCUAUUAAGCAUUUAGUUUUCUCUGGUAAGCAGUCCUGUCCCCCAGGUACACUUAGGGUUUUCAGCCUGGGCAAGAAUUGCAUGUUUUGAGUUCCUUUGCUAGUAGCCCUACCUGACCUCCCAUCUUUACAAAGAUAAUUAUUUCAGGUUUUGGCAGCCAGUGUUUUCUAAAAUUGAUACUGACAUAGGGAACAUAUUAAUAAUUGGAAUUUUAGAAAAAUCCUGACAGUUGCCCCUCCUAGAGGGGUAGAUCAGUCACAGCAGGGUAGCAGGACUGCUGGAAAGCUGAAGUUGGAGCCUCAGGUCAGGACUCUAUCCUUGUUCUAGCUCAAUAAGAUUCAAGAUGAGGUAGACAUACCCAGACUAUCAUCUUUAAUUGUAGCUAGUUUGCAACUCCUGAUUUUUCCUAAUUCUGGAUUUUGUAGAGGUUAAGCGAAGGAAAACACAGGCUGCUGUUAGCCAGACAAGGCCUUUUCCAUACCAGAUCAGAAGCACAGAUGGGAAGGAAGAGCCCAAAAGAGCAACGCAGGCGACUCUGAAAUGAGAGUCUCCGCCCAUCCUUCAAGAAGGCAUUCCAUGCGUUAGGUGCAUUAGUGGGUGGUUCCUGUUUUUUUUUAAAUGAACUAUUCAGCAUCUCUUUCCCCUACAAAAGAACUAUUUAUUUUUUGGUUAUAUUUUUGAUGAUUUUUUUUUUUUUUUACAAAAAUGCAAAUAAGAAACCAGAAAAGGGAGCAAUCAGGGAGGGACUUAAGGUUCCUUCCUGGUUGAAUUCCUUCCUCAGCAAUGAAUUCAGUAGGUUUGGGUCAGUAUGCAACUGUUUUCAGGAUCACAGGCAAAGCAGAUUUUUCUACAGAGGGAUCCAAGGUGGGGUGAAUGUAGGGUUUAUAGAUAAUCUUCUGAGAACUGAAAAGCCCCUGUUCUUCUCAACCUAGAAACAGCUUUGCUGUGGAAUGAACAAGCAGACAUUUUGUGGAGGCAGCCAAAUGCAUGCCCCUCGGGUAGGCCAGUGCACCUCUCACUUUAGCAAUGUUAUGUGACUCCAGAGUGAUGCGACCAGGGGCAGAUAUGGAUGCCAUUUUGAAAAUGGGCAGCAUCCCAGGGUAACGACAAUAAACUCAAUAUACUCACAUAUAUUGGGAAAUUACUUGGUUUUGGCAAAUGGCUUUGAGCUCCUUUAACGAUUUAUUAGCUGGUAUGAGAUGAAGUCUUGCUUCAUUGAAUUGCUCUCUCCUUAAUCCUUGCCAAAUUUGAGUGUAUCAUUCUUAACCCCACCUCCUCUAAUAGCACUUCGUUGUUUCAGCUGCUUGCCUUAGCAGUUCUUCCUCAUCCUGCAGGAUGUGCUCAUAUGUUGUGUUAGGUCCAGGAACUUAUGUCUACUCUUCUGAUAAGGGAAGAAGAAAAAUCCAGAGGUGAGUGAAGAUCCAAAUUUCAACCAAACCUCAUGGCCCAGGGAAAUUAAUUGAAAAUGUACAAGACAGUGUUUUCAGUAUUAAACUUCCCCAUGGAAGGUGUAUAAACCAGCCUUCUUGGAAAGGAAGAAAGGAUUAAGCCACACAGUAUUAGUCUCUGAAACAGUACUGAUCUCCCAGGAGCUGCUGCCAACAUUCAGUCCUUGGUGCUGGAGGUUACAGCGGGGAAGUUACUGGGGUUAAGACUUGUCUAAAAGUUUACAAAACAGGUUAUAUUUUGGACUGUUGGGUUUGCCAUAUUUCAAAUGAAGUCUUCAGUGUAGUAAAGCCCAAAGGUAGAGUCAAUUAUACUGUUAUUAAGGUAAGGACUGAAAAAGAGCUGCUCCUAGGGAUUCUUUGUUUUUUGGUUUGCCUUUUUUUUCUUUUUCUUUUUUUUUUUUUUUUUGGUGGCUUGCUGUUUUUCUUGUGUCUGUUAUGUUUGGUUAAUGAUGACUUGAAUAUCUUGAUAACUGACAAAGGUCUUCCUUGGUGGACUUGAAUAUCUUGGUAACUGACAAAGGUCUUCCUUGGAGGACUCCAGCAGUAUAUUGUUUAAAUGGCUAUAAAAGGACUAUUAAAGUUAUUGAAAUGUGUUACCCAGGACUCAUUUGAGGACAUGUGACAUUGCUUGUCCUCACUCCAUAUGUUUUCUGAGUCUUUUUGAGGGGGUUCCCACCUGCCCCCUUCAAGUUUAUUCCCAUUGUAAGCUGUAACUAUGGCAUCUAUCCAGUUUCACUUGGAUUGGGGCUGCAUGUCAGUGAUGACCAGCAGGGUUUUUUUUUUUUUUCCCUUUCUCAAAGAAAAUAAAUUGAUGCUUGAGCCCUGGUUGCAGAAGCCAAGAUGGCUUGCAUUAAACAUCAGGUUCUGCUUCUGAUUCAGAUGCUGGGGCAUCUUGUCCUCCCCAUUCCUUGCUAGAAACCCAGCUUGCUCUCAGAUACUCGCUUGUCCACCGCCCACCUUUUUUCCUCACUGCUGUCCACACAAAUCUUUGAUGUUGCCAAAGGAAGCCAGCUGUUUGUUGUGUCCCUCUGCUUCCAACACAUAUAGUUGCUCUGGAAGUGUCUUCUGACUCUGGCCCCCAGCUCUCAAGUCUGUGAUUAAUUGCUCUUACCUGUUGCACUAAUGACUAUGGUUCUAAGUUUCAAAGGGGGAAUUUGAAGCAAUAGGCAAAUGGGGCAUGGAUGGUUUGGUCCUACAGAUAUCCUGCCUUAAGCUGUUGAGGUGAUGAGUCCACUGCUCAUGUGACCCUCCCCCACUGUUGUGGAUCCCUCUUGGUUUGUGACCAGCGUGUAUUUCUUGAGGCUGUACAAACUUGACAAAAGUUAUACUUUUGAUUGUGUUCUCUGCACUGUUGCACUCUUCAAAUGGCCCCUUGAAUAUUUUUAUUAACUUGUUACACAUAUUUUUGUCUUUGAUGUCUACAUUAUUUUUUUCUUUGAUGUUUUAUUUGGAAGGUUAUCUGCUGUUGGAUUUAAUAAAUUUGUUUACUUGAUUAUUGACAUUUCUGCCAGAAAAAAAAAGUGACUUUAUUCUGGGGGCAAGAUUGAUCCACGAGGACCCUCUACAAACUCACUAGAUAACAAGGCAGUGCUUUGAAAUAGCCCAGAUGGUACAGGACCCCUGGACUCCCAACAUGGCUGUGUUGGCGUCCCACAUCUGCUUUUAGGAUCUCAGUACUUAUAUGCAACAGAGCAAGUCAGUUCUUAUUGGGCCACUGACUAAAUAGUUUGGACAACUGAUGUGAAUUCCCCUGGGCGUCAAAAAAUGAGUUUGAGUACUCUGAAGUCCACGGCUUCUAGAUCUGUCAGUUUGGCAGUGAUCAUGACAAAGGGCACCUGAUCAUUCAGAUGCCACUGCUGAAUGACCCUUGGCAAGUUAGUGAACUUUUAAAUUGCCUUUUACUCAUCUGUCAAAUUAAGAGACUUCUACUCAUAGAUUUCAAAGAAAGUAUUUAUAAAACACCGAAGAGCAACAGACUUUCUUGAGUCUCCAAAAGGAUGUUAGCUGAAGCAAACAGACAAGAAGA